AUUUGGGGUCUUGCUUUUUUUUUUUUGCAUUUGGGGUCUUCCAUUUUUUUGCCUCGGCCUCCCACCCCCGCUGGCCGCCUCCUCUUGCAAGCUGGAUCAGUAUGGAGCUAGAGAAUAUCGUGGCCAAUACCGUCCUCCUGAAAGCCCGAGAAGGAGGUGGAGGAAAGCGGAAAGGGAGGAGCAAGAAAUGGAGAGAGAUCCUCAAAUUCCCGCACAUUAGCCAGUGUGAUGACCUUCGGAAGAGCCUGGAACGAGACUACAGCAGCCUUUGUAUCAAGCAGCCCAUCGGCAGGUUGCUUUUUCGCCAGUUCUGUGAGACUCGGCUGGAACUCCUCCGAUGCAUCCACUUCCUUGAUGCUGUGACAGAGUAUGAGCUUUCCCCAGAUGAGAAGCGCAAGGAAAUGGGAGAAGAGAUCAUCCGCAGGUUCUUCAAUGGGGAGUCCCCAGGCUAUAUGGCCGAGAUCAGCCAGACCCUUAUGAACCAGUGCACAGAGAACCUCCAGAGAAGUUCCUGCAAAGACCUCUUCAGCAACUGCAUGCGCCAUCUGCACGAGUACCUGAGUGGAGCCCCUUUCACGAAUUACCAAGACAGCAUGUACUUUGACAGAUUCCUCCAGUGGAAAUACCUGGAGAGACAAUCGGUGACCAAAGACACCUUCAGGCAAUACCGGAUUCUUGGGAAAGGAGGCUUCGGAGAGGUUUGUGCAUGCCAGGUGCGAGCUACAGGGAAGAUGUAUGCUUGCAAGAAGCUCGAGAAGAAACGCAUUAAGAAGCGAAAAGGGGAGGCCAUGGCUCUGAAUGAAAAGCAGAUCCUAGAGAAGGUCAACAGCCGGUUUGUGGUUAGCUUGGCCUAUGCCUACGAGACCAAAGAUGCCCUCUGUCUGGUCCUCACCAUCAUGAACGGCGGAGACUUGAAGUUCCACAUCUACAAUAUGGGCAACCCCGGCUUUGACAAUGAACGUGUCACCUUCUACGCUGCAGAGAUUUGCUGUGGCCUUGAGCAUUUGCACAGGGAGGGCAUUGUGUACAGGGACUUGAAGCCAGAGAACAUUCUUCUCGAUGAUGAUGGACACAUCCGGAUCUCAGACCUGGGGCUGGCCAUCAAGAUCCCAGAGGGCGAGACCAUCCGUGGCCGCGUAGGAACUGUUGGCUACAUGGCUCCUGAAGUGAUUAACAACGAGCGCUACUCCUUCAGUCCAGAUUGGUGGGGCCUGGGCUGCCUCAUCUACGAGAUGAUUGAGGGCCAGUCGCCCUUCCGCGCCCGCAAGGAGCGAGUGAAGCGGGAGGAAGUGGAGAAACGGGUACAGGAGGAGCAGGAGCAGUACUCGGAGAAAUUCUCAGAAGACGCCAAGAUAAUCUGCAAGGCGCUCCUGACCAAAGAUCCCAAGCAGCGGCUUGGAUGCAAGGCAGAUGGAGCCGUCCAAGUGAAGUUGCACCCUUUCUUCAAGACCAUCAACUUCAAGCGACUAGAAGCAGGGAUCAUGAAACCCUCCUUUGUGCCAGAUCCCCGGGCCGUGUACUGCAAAGACGUAUUGGACAUUGAGCAGUUCUCCACGGUGAAGGGGGUCAAUUUGGACCAAACUGACAAUGACUUCUAUGCCAAGUUCACCACGGGCAGUAUCCCUAUCCCCUGGCAGAAUGAGAUGAUCGAGACCGAGUGCUUUAAAGAUCUAAAUGUCUUUGGGCCAAACGGCACCCGCCCCCCAGAUUUGGACUGGAAGCAGCUCCCCGAUCCACCCAAACGUAGCCUGCUGCAGCGGCUCUUCCGACGAAAUCCAAGUGACUUCACCAUCAGCACCAACGCACACUCCAACCUGUCUGCAGCUCCCUCGCCAGGCCGACCCACAGCACAGGCUCCUUCCUGACCCUCGACUUCGAGGCCCCCUGGAGCCGCCACCUUUUUAUUGCCUUCUCAGGGUUGCCUUAGGCACAAAGCAGAAAUUAGGACAUGCCUAUCCUGCUGGGCUCCGUUACUGGCUAGGAACUGGGCAAUGCAGCCCUCGGACUGGCAGGAUAACUGAGCUGCUGGCCAGAAACCCUCACUGCCUCCCAGUGCCGACAUGGAUUGUGACCGUCAGGACUCUGGUCGGAUUCAGUUACCAAGAGACUGGCCUGCUCUUGGCUGGGAUCCUUCUUCCUCUUUCGCACUCUCAUCCAGUGGAGAAACGCUCCAAUUCAGCUCGUGGCUGCCCUUUGUUCUUUCUCUCCCUGUGACACAGAGGUCCACAUCGGUGAUGUGAUACUGUCAGUUAUGGUGUGUUUUGAGGGGAGAUGUUUGUUCCUUGGAGUACAAAAAUGGUCAGGGAGGGCAGCUCAGUGCAAGUGGCGUCUCUCAAGAAGAUGACCACCUGUUGCAGCACCCUUUUUCCCUAGAGCUGGAGAGAGGGAUGUGAAGCUUAGUCAUGUCUUUGGGUUCCUCCAGGGCUUUUCAGGAAUAACUCUGUUCCUUCCAAACCAGAGCUUGGGAUACAUGUAAAGAAAGCCUGGGGACCAUUUCAAGAAUGGGCGAGGUCAAAGAUGGCCAAUUUCAGCUGCCGUGCUGGGAGUACUACCUGUGGGAGGACUGAGUCGAGAUGAUUAGCAGGGAGUGGAAGGAGCUGUGGGAUGUACUUUAGAGCUGAGCGGAACAAAAAGAAAGGAGCCAAUCAAGUUGAGGGGCUUUCAAGUGUCUUGCCUUAGAACCUCCCUUGAAAUCCAACUUGGAUCAUGUAGCUCAUUUUUAACCCCCUGCCCUGCUAUAUUAUUUUACAUUGGCUAGAUCCCUUCCCCACACCUCUUCCUGUUAUCUCCCCCUUUUUUUCUCUUUUGAUUUCUCUGUUUCAUUGUCUGUCUUCAUCUCUCUUUGCAAAUGGAGGUUGCAAGUGUCACUUGUGCAGUUUAUCUACGGUCAGGUCAGAACACAUCAGUCCAAUGGCAGUGAAUUAACAGAUGAUUGUCUCUGUACGUUUAUGUGCCCUUCCUAAGUGUCCAGCCCCCUCUGAUUAAUGUAAGCUUCACCAAGAGCCAAUUACACACAAUGGCAGAAGAGAUGGAAGGGAUAGAAUUUUGGAUUCUGCCACUUCAAACUGCAGCCUGUGAAGCUUGGCAUGGAAAGUUUGGCUUAGUGGUAGAUCACAUGCUUUGAUUGGUGAAGAUCUCAGGCUCCAGUCCCUAGCCUUAUUAGUGAAAAGGAUCUCAUGAUGUAGCCAGUGCUGGUAAGUGCCUCUACCCAUGAGUAUCUGCUGCCAGUCAGAGUAGACAGCCAUGAUCUAAAUGGACAGCUGAGUCAAUAUGAAGCAGUUUCAUAUGCCCAUCUUAGGGUCGGGGGGCGGGGGAUGUAGUGUUUCUAGAAUAUUUGCAGAGCAGGAGAGUGGAGAAGAUCAGGAAGUACUAAAGCUUGGGUUGCAAAAUUACCACUUUCCUUUAGCCUGAAAUAUUCAAAAUCCAUCUCCAUCUUUUUAAAGAAACCAGACCAUUCCAAUUUGUUUGCAGAGGCAGGGUAGGUUUUGAGCUUGGCCUAUCAAUAGCAAUUGGGGGCAGGGGGGUGAGACUGAAAGUGCAUUGUUUGGAGCCUUAAAGAGCUGUGGGCCAAAACAAUUGUAUUGAUUCCAUCCAAGGUUAAAACAGGCUGCCAGGUUCUUUGCUUUCCAGGGCAGUCAGAUCUAGUAUGUUGUAUUGGAGGCCAUCACUUGCUGGUGAGGCCAGUGGGAAGAUGGGUCUAUUUUUAUUGAGAGUUUCUCCAUUUUAUCUUAUCAUUGGCCUGUUGUGUGACCUACUGCUGGAAGGGCCUGCUCCAUGCCUGAGACUUGGUUUUAUCAUUUUUUCAUUUUCCAAAUAGCAACAGAUCUGGCCUUGGGGGAGGAAGGGUGAGCCCUGGGCCUUGGCAGGGACUCCCCAGGCCAGCUUCCCCAUGAUUAGCCUUGGGCACAAGAAUCUCGUUCUGAAGUCAUUCAGCUCCCAGCUGCAAAACAGAAACUUCGGACUCUGUGAGCAGUUCUCAGUCAGGUCAGGCUAAAAAGACAGUGAGCUUUGCCUUUUAAACAUGACACAUCUGUUCUGUCUCCCAUCCCCAAAUGGAGAAGUGGCCCUCCUAGAACUGCUGGUGCUUUGUAGUGGGAGAGGCACGUGGGAAAAGGGAAGCUCAUGUGCUGUUCUGUAGCUGCAUGGUAAGCACGUGCUGAGCAACAUCUGCAGCUCAUCUCAGGAGAAACUGCAACCUAUAGACUGGUGCACAUAAAGAUGCACAUAUGACUCUUAUGAUCAGACUGUAGGAAGCCUGCUGUGGAAAUCAACCCUUCCCAUCUGUGCUGCUGGCUAGAGAGCUGGGAAACUUCUCACGUCAUUGUUUUGCAUGGGUGAACUAGGCCUUAGACAAAGCCUGGGUAGCUUCUGUCAAGUUGCAAUCCGUUCUUGCCGUGUUUUCUGUUACCCGCAAGAAAGGUGGAGAAGUCUUGUAUAUGUUCACUUUCACAAGACAAUCAGACACCUCGAAAUGUGUCAAAGUUGGAUAUAAAAGUUCAAACAGCUUAUCUUAACAAUCAUAAUAAACAAACUUCAAGACCAGUGGGCUAAUCGCCAGACAGCUUUAGGCUCAGACGCCAGAAUUCCUCCUAGACCAAUCACUGCCAAAUUUCCCCCCACGUUCUCCUAGGCAAGGAACUUUUUUAAGCCAUUGGUUAACUUGAGACUUUCAGCCCAAAGGGGAGAAAAUGUUUCCUUUCAUGUUUCUAAAAGGCUAAACUGGGUAUGUGGGCUCACACAGGUGUGUAGAAUCAGGUAUGAUGCAUCAAAGGGAGCGCAUGGGAAGUUUUAUCUUGUCCUGGCCUUUGCAGUUGUAUGCGUGAUUCUGUUUUGUAUUGUUGGACCAUCUUUUCUCUGUGAAGAGAAUCCUUUGUCUUAUGGGUGUGGCGAUUCCAAGCCAGACUGAAACUUCACCUCAUAAAAGGACACAUAUUUUUCUAAGGGGUUUUGCCCCCCUUCUCUUUUUGCAGUGAUGUAUUGACAUUGGUUUGUUGCUGUUUUUUUUUUAAACACACACUGUUAAUUUCUGAUUCUGAUGCAUUUUGGUUUACAUUUUUAAGCUUUUGAUUUUGUACAUUUAUAAAUAUUUAUAUGUCGAAUGCCUGGAUGUACAUUUUGAAGCUUUAAAAGCUGCAAGCCAAGCCAUGUGGUAAUGUUACCCAGAUGUGUCAGGGAUAUUUUUUUAUUGGGGGAUGUGGGGGGGAUCCAACCUCUCAGUAAAGAGUAGCUGUUACUUUAUCCCAGUUGAAGGGGAGGAGGGGAGGAAAGGGCCUCAAAUCAAUUAGGUUUCCUUUCCUGAUUUUAAAAUUUAAUUUACAGAACAAUAUAUACUAGGGUUUUUUUUCCUGUUUACUUAUC